AUUAAUAAAAAUAAAAAUAAUUCGGCCAUGGCUGGUAACAACUCACCAAAGCUAGUGUUAAUUUACCUUGGAUUGGACGUCAAAACAAUGGUCAAGAAAACUACUUAAACCGAAAAGGAAAACUGGCAAAGCGUUUGUCUCGAUAAACCCCACCUGUUUCUCUCGCCUUCGUUCACAAUACAAACAAGCAGCUCUCUCUCUGGCAUCUUAGCCUUUUUGCAUUCUCUCUCUGUCUCUGUUGUUCUGAUGAUCGAACCCACGUUGUCGUAUUGAUGGAACGAAGCUCUUUCCUUACUUGGCACUUUGAUAUGCUAAAAAAAGACGCCAAAAGUACGAGCCUGUGUGAGCAAUUUGAGGACCAAAAAAGUUUUCUUUCUUCCUUCUCUGUUUCAGUUAACCUUUGAUCUUUCGAUGGCUUGGCUUUCUGAUGCCAAAUUUAGAAACCCAGUUUUCGCAUUGUUUGAUUUGAGCCUUUUCCACCAGAAAGUUUCUGCCUUUGGCUUGCCUAUGGGAGUGUCCUUGUUUGGUUAAUUGAAAUUUUCAAAAGCUUUCUCGUUACUCUUCUCUCUCUCUCUCUGCGUGGGUUUCUGUUUCUGAGGUGGUGUUGUAAUACUUGGAAAUGAAUGGGAAUGACGGGGAAGAAGAAGAACAACCUGGUUUUGAAAUAGGCUUGGUGGUUCGAAACAGAAUUCUCAGGCAAGAAGAUGACUCUGUCGAUUGCAUGGAGGUUCUCCUUAAGGAACUCAGACAUGUUGGAUUUACUGUCGAAACUGUUCGUGGCUUCACAGAUGGAUUCAUCAAGCUGUCUGCAACUCUGGAGAGAUUGGGGCAAGCUGCAGCAGAUUUGCAGCUUAGGAAACCUACUUACAUUGGAAUCGAUCUCCCAUUUCAGAGCGAGGAUGUGAAUGCGUUUGUGAGACAGCCAGAUGGUAAAUUAUUCAGCUGGUGUGAACGUUUCAGAUGUUACCAGCACAUGUUGUAUGGCAUUCGAAAUAGAAGCCAGUCGGACAUAAGUCUAAAACUGGAUGGGAGAGAACUGGUCUGGAAAAUUCGGGAACCUUUACUGCAGACAUUGGAAUUGGAGGGCAUUCUCAAGCACGUUUUCCCUCUUCAUGAUGAGGUUAAGAGGAAGAAGCUCCUCAAAAGUUGGGUACUCAACAAGAGAAACUAUACUAACCAGGACAUUGAUGACAUGUAUUCAUACUUCGGAUUAAAGAUUGCCAUUUACUUUGCUUUCCUUCGGAUGUAUGCACGUUGGAUAGUGUUUCCUGCUCUACUGGCGGUUAUAGUGCAGUUGGUCAAUUUCGGCUCAAUGCAGUUCUUAGUCCUACCUGUGUUCUUCACAAGCACAACCUUAUGGGCCGUCUUGUUUUUCCAGUUCUGGAAACGGAAGAAUUAUUCCCUUAUAUCGAGGUGGCAGAUAAAUUGCUCGGUUACCGCAGGACAAGGAUACAAGUUCUUGGGAAUGGAAUGCACUUCCUUAAAGACUCGACUAGAGCUGCUGAAAGCUAUGGGGGAUAGGAACAGAGAGAAAGCAGUGUAUCAAAGAUAUGAAUGGUUUGGUCACCUGGUUCGGUUUAGAAACAAUGCUCUUAUAAUCUUAGGCAUUGUAUGUCUACAGUUGCCCUUUGAAUUGGCCUAUGCUCAUCUCUACGAGGUUCUUAAGUCCGACAUUACCAAGUUUGCAUUAACUGCUGGCUACAUUUUUCUGAUCCAAUUCUUCACAAAGCUAGGGGCCAGAGUAUCAGUGAGGCUCAUAAAGUAUGAAAACAAUGAGAACUCACAGUUUCAGGCGGACAGCUUAGUGUACAAAGUAUUCGGUCUCUACUUCAUGCAAUCGUACAUUGGAGUUUUCUAUCAUGCACUUCUCCACCGUAACUUCUUGACCCUUCGCCAGCUGUUGAUUCAGCGUCUCAUAAUCUUCCAGGUAUUGGAAAAUGUGUUGGAACAUUCACUACCUUAUGUAAAGUACAGCAUCAAGAAGUAUAGGGCUGUCAGAAACAAGAAACACCGACGCACUGCAUCUGGCGGCAAGAAGGUUCACUUCCACUCCAAAGUGGAGAAAGAGUACCUAAAGCCUGCUUAUAAUGCAAGCAUAGGCGAUGAAUUAGAAGAUGGCCUUUUUGAUGACUAUUUGCAGUUGGCGUUGCAGUUUGGAAUGAUUAUGAUGUUUGCAUGUGCAUUUCCCCUAGCAUUUGUUUUUGCUGCUGUGAACAGCUUCACAGAGGUUAGAACCGAUGCACUGAAGCUGCUCUCCAUGUUCAGAAGGCCCGUCCCUCGUGCUGCUGCCACUAUCGGAGCUUGGAUUAACAUAUACCAGUUCUUAAUAGUCAUGUCGAUCUGCACCAACUCGGUUCUUCUAGUAUGCAUGUAUGAUCAGGAGAGGAAAUGGCAGAUAGAACCAGGACUUGCAGGAAUUCUCAUCAUGGAACAUGUCCUUCUGCUGAUUAAAUUUGGAUUCUCUCAAUUCGUUCCCGAGGAACCGGCUUGGGUAAGAGCAAGACGAGUCUGGAAUGCAGAGCAAGUGCAGGAUGCCUGCGCUAAACAGCUUCUGAAGAGCUUCCCAAGCCGGGAGAAGAAUUUCGAAGAAAAGAAGGUCGAGUGAGAAAGACUAACUAACUGUAGGGAUAAUACAAACCAUCAUAGACAAAGGUUAGCUUCUGCUAUUCCAAUUUUGUAAGCUAAGUAGUCUUUUUUUUUUUUUUUUUGCAUUCUCCUUUCUUUCUUUUGAUUUGUUUCUUCAUAUUGUUUGGUAUAUUCCUCAUGUAUAGCAGAACAAUCCUGUUGAGUUGUAUUCCUUUCAUUGAAGAAAUUGAAAUGAGAUGAGAUGAAAAGAAAAGAAAAAUUAUUUUCUUCAAUGGAAUAGUUAAUUGAAUCUGUACAGAUCAAAUGUUAGUUACAAAGGAAAUGAACAUUAUGAUUAUUG